UGUAACUGAUCCCAGCCCUCGAUUCUGUUUUCCUGGAGCAGGAGACAUGGAACCUCUAGAUAUUCCAGUUGCCACGUGGGCUUUUCUCAUGUUCAUCCCUGUCACCGUGCUCUGCAUUUUCUGCAAAAAGAAGAAACCAACUCGGAUACAGCAGACGUUCGAAUGUGUUUACAAGGAUAAUUUUACCAAACCACCAUCUAGCAGUUUCAUAGUGAUUAGUGGGUCACACUAUCCACAGAGGACCUUAACCUCUCCGAGCAUUGUAUCUCAGAGGGACCUUUUUCUUGAUAUACCUAGAACCCCAGCUCUGGGCCCAAGGCGAGUAAGCUAUAUAGAGGCCAAUGAGCCUGGAAUUUCUUUGGAAUUCGGUAAUAGGAGUGAGCAGCGAUCGCACUCUGUCAGUCAUUCAAGGAAAGACAAGUCCAGCGAUGAAGAGUAUGAGGAGGAAAAUGGGGGAAAUUAUACCAACGAGAAAACCGCACGUGAUUACAUAGAGGUGAUCCCUGAAAAAAAUGAUCAAGUGCCCACCAUCAAUGUCCUCAUAAGCCAAGAUAACAGGACCAGCAUGUCUUCAGUUAACACAGAUGAAAACUAUGUAAAUGUGGAAAAUUCUUGUGAAGCGAAGGACUCGUGCAGCUGUAACGAUGAUAAUUAUGUAAACGUGGGAACAAGUGACCUGGAGGAUACACAACAAAGUGAGAGUUCAGAAUAUGUAAAUGUGGAAGAUGAUCCAAAGAAUUCUGGCAAUGACAGCAACGACGAAAAUGAUUAUGAAAAUGUCAAAAGCCAAAAAGGUUCAAGGUCAGGAAGACACAGCAGCUGUUGAAGGAUCGGUCCUAGUAAGAUAUACCUGUGUCAUGUCUCAGAGACCCCAGUCUGCAAUCUGCC